AUGCGUUUCGAAUUUACGAGAAGACAGUGGUUGACGGUGGUUGUUAUAUCGAUUGCAGACUUUUGUAAUGCAAUAUGUGUUGCGUUGCAAGCUCCGUUUUUUCCUCAUGAGGCUGAAUUAAAAGGUUGUUCAGCGACGGAGUAUGGUCUCGUGUUUGGUAUUUUCGAGCUGGUGGUUUUCAUAGUCAGUCCAUUUUAUGGCGCACAUCUCAACAGACUUGGACCUAAGUUGGUGUUUAAUGCAGGAAUAUUAACAACUUCGACAUGUGCUAUACUGUUUGGGUUACUAGACAAAGUGGACGGACACAUACCAUUCGUGACGCUGGCGUUCACGAUAAGAAUCAUAGAGGCGAUGGGGAACGCUGCCUUCCUGACGGCUUCCUUUGCAAUUAUCGCGAAGGAGUUUCCCAACAAUGUCGCCACUAUGUUUGCAUCAUUAGAGACGUUCUUCGGUCUGGGUCUCAUCGUGGGUCCAAUGCUCGGUGGGGCCCUUUACAGCUGGGGCGGGUACUCCCUUCCAUUCGCUGUACUGGGUCUUGCCCUUUUCUGCACUGCCAUACUUUGCUACCUGACCUUGCCGAAUACGCCUGACGAUGAAGAUAUUAAGCCUACUGGACCAACAAUGGUAUCAUUGUUGAAGAUUCCUGGUGUACUUCUCGCUGCAAUAACUAUCGUAUCGACUAGUUUGAGCAUUGGAUUUCUACAGGCGACUCUAGAGCCUCAUUUACGACAGUUCAAAUUCUCACCAGUGAUCCUUGGUUUACUCUUUGUAAUAAACGGAGGUGUCUACGCACUAUCAGCUCCAACCUGGGGUUGGCUCUGCGAUCACCCCUCUAUCAAGCCAAAAUAUGUAACAGUACUGGGGCACAUAUUUAUAACGGGCGCGUUCCUGCUAGUUGGACCUGCACCUUUCUUUGAUAUGCCAACGAUAUUAUGGGUUACAAUUGCUGGUCUGGUUCUGCACGGUUUGGGCAUUGGCAGUCUUCUCGUGUCUUCCUUUUCUGAUGCCCUUGGAACCGCAAUAGCAAGCGGUUUACCCAAUUCCAUAGAAACGUAUGGCUUAGUGUCGGGAAUGUGGACUUCCACGUUUGCAUUAGGUGCGUUCAUUGGACCCACUGUCUCUGGUCUGCUCUUCGACUCAAUUGGAUUCAGAAGUUCGACCGUGUUUGUCGUCAUUCUUCAUAUUUGCGUCAUGGGCGUCGUCCUCUUGUUCCUGUGCACGUGCGACCGCUACAAGAUGGAGGUGUCGGUGUCCGCCGGCGACCUCAUGCAGCUCGACGGCACUCUGGACGAGAGCGUGCUCAUAGGAGAUAAGUUUACGCCUGCCACUCGAACUAAGAGCCGUCGCUACGGUAUCAGUGUGGAACAAUCACGCCCGCCGGCUAUGAACAGUCUCAUCGCUUGCUCCAGUUACAAGAACAGGAGAAGCCCUUGGAGCCAACGCACUCCGAGAUAUCGACCGUCCUACGGCAGCUUAGACCAUCGCUUCAGAGCAUCACUCUCCGUAACAUAAACUAAAAAUAAACAAGAGUAACUCUGUGUAUUUGUAAAGUUUAUCUUACUGUAUCCUAGUCAAUUUACCAAAGGGAGUGCUGAACAAGAAAUACCGAGCUAAAAACUUGCAAACUAUGCGUUCUGAAAUCGCUAAAAUACAACAAUCAAUUUAUUUUUGAAUCAUAAGAUGUUAUAUGAGAUGUAACAAAUAUAUAUGCGUAUCUAGGUAUUUUAAUCCUAAUAAUCAAGUAUAUAGGUAUAAAUAUAUCAUACUUUUAUAUGAAUACGUACAAACAAAUCGCAACCACUUUCUUUUAUUAUCAUACUGGUGUAUUGUAAUUAAAUUAAAUUGAUUUUAUCUUCCAUUCAAAAACAUUGUUAUUGUUAUUAUUAUUUUAAUUACAAUGAUGUUUAUCUAUUCAACCUAAGUAGCGAUACGUAUGUAUCUUAUAAGUAAAUAAUAAACUUGAAUAAAUACAGAUAAUUAAUGUAAAUAUUACUAUUAAUAAAUAAAUAUAAUAUAAUACCUUUGAGCAUUUACUUUUCUUGUGUACAUAUACCUAUAAUUUUUAAUUUUGUAUUAAAUUUUUAAUGUAAUCAUUGUCACAUAAAGGCUUAAUAAGCUUAAUACAUUCUUCUUA